AUGGAUCGUAUCUCAGGAGAUGAUUCUAUUGGCAAUCACACUCAAUCAGGCGCUCCCGAGGCGCUUGGUUCCUCUAACAGCGCCCACCAGCUGUCCGAUAUGAGCCCUGUCGAUCAAGAAUUAUCUACCCAUGGGUCUUGGCAUAGCCGUCGAAUGCUGCCAAUUUCUACAAUAGUUGGUCGUCAUACUCUCCAGAGAAAAAGAGGGGUUGCGCUUAGACUGUUGACUGCCUUUUUGGCUGUCUCCCUUGGGGUCUAUCUUGCCAAAUAUCUUUCUCGAUGUGUCUUGUCGAUCCGGCGUGCUGGCCGGAGCUCAGAUGCGACGCGUCCUGGCCUGCAAUAUGAGGAAACGCGUUUUCGGGUUUCAGGUCCACUCGCUUCUGUAACUGGAAAUGGUCGCCGUCUGGCGGCCGCGGAGUGGGGCGGCGGUAGCGGUAAAUCUCCGGAGACUACGGAGUCUUCGGGAGAGAGCAAGGACCCUAUUUGCGAGUACUCAGAAGUGAAUGUUGUGGAUAAUACACCGCCUGAAAAAAUCGUCCCGCCUGUAAGUGUUUCUGAGGAAGCCUUAUUACUGCGUGACGUAGCAAAGCACGUGAUGGCGGCCGCGGCUGCGGCGUCGUCUGCCCUAAGUAAGUGCCAGCAGAGUGGAGAUGAACUGAGAGGUGUUCUCCAAUCACUGACGCAACUAUACGGCAAGGUAGUCGACCAAGCGGAGAAGGUUGAAAAACGUAACGGAAAGCAAGAGACUGACGGUACUUCGAUGAGAGUGGAACGCUCUUCUGAGAGUGGUAGCGGAACGACCACUGCAGCGAGAACCACAGCAGACCACAUUCCACACACCCAGACUGAGGAACGCGGUGGAGAAACGACGAGCAGUAUGCUAAGCAAGGAUCCCCAGUUCCCACCCCCCUCGAGACCAACUCUCAGUGGAAUGCGCACUUGGUCAGGAAACCAGUUUUCGUUGGAAACAAUUUUCGAGACAGAAGAGUCUGAGUCACGUAUCGCUAAACAUUUCGACAGCUCGUGGCUGCAGCCAUUCCCAGAGGCAUUCGGCAUGGACAAACACAGCGACAAAGACACCGGUGAAGAUGCCAGUUCUCUAGCAGAGGCGCUGAAAGUCGUGGAACUCGCCGAUGAUACACAAGGUAACUGGCAUCCUUUCUCGUCAGGUAGCAACAUCAAUCAAUUGUGGGAAAAGAUCCUGAUCGACCCGCUUGCUGCCACAGGGCCUGCAGGCGAUGACGCCAAUGAUGUAACUGGCGGCCAGCCCCGCAGACCAUCGUACAGUGAGGUCCUACAGCAUCCCCCCGCCCGGUCACACUCUGCACCUCCGAGGAGCACAGCAGCAAACGGAAAAGGGAUGGCGAAAAGAGUGGCUGGCCUUGGACAGCGACUCACAUCAUCAGGGCAUCGACAGUCCGCCACUAGCCGAGACGCCUCAGGUGAGCGACGCCAUUAUCCCAGUGGACCUCGAGUGCCAGGACGAAGGCCCACCAACCGCUUCGAAAGCAUCGAUCGUUCAGCUUCUCAUAGGAGAGCAGGCGCGAGACCAAGCCUCCCCUCUAUGCCUCCACCAAAGCCUCCGCUGCCACAGAUAUCAAAAGUGGGUUUUGGCGCCUCAGGAACGCCCGUGCAACGGGGCGCCAGUCAGGGAGGGACGCCAUCAGGGUCUGAGAAACGCGAUGGUGGAGAGCCGUCGAAGGACGUCAAAGGACAGGGCGAGGAUGCAGGGCAACCCGGUGCUAGCGGAGGGCCACUGGGGGGUGCUGGAGGGGGAGGGCGCCGGCCUGGCGACGACGAGCGAGACGACGACAAGCGGAAGAAGGGUAAGGGGUCGUCGAGCGGUGGCGGGGAGAAGAAGAAAGAGGAGCAGGAGAAGAAGGCGAAGAAGGAGAGGGAUCAAAGGGAGGAGGCGAAGAAGGAGAGCAAACCGAUGGACGGUCGCGAGGCGAGGGGAAAAGAAGUGACACAAGGAGAUGGCGGCUUGAGCAGUGUCUCAGGCAAAGGAUCGACUGGUGAAGGGGCGGGGAAGAAGAAGGCGAAAAAAGACAGGGGUAGGCGGGCGAUUGAAGAGACUGUCAGAGACGUUACUGAUGCAGUGGUGACGAGUGAGGCGACGGGUGGGGUUCCGAAAGAAGCAGAACCGCAAAAGGACAGUGAUGACAGGGGUGUGCACGGUGGUGGCAGAGGAGGUGAAGGUCCAGGAUCAGCUGGGGCGACUGAGACUGGAGAUGCCCUGCAGCAUGACUCAGGGGGUAUUGGAUCUGGGUCCGAAGACAGAGACAAGAGCCGGUCUGAAACAGCAGCUCGUGAGAAGCAGGUCAGUAAGCGACAGAAGUCGAGUGGAGGAAGGCGGAAGAAGAAAGGUGCUAGUGUUGCGCCACAGACAGGACAGACGACAACCGGAGAAGCCCCGAGGUCAGCUGUAGACUCAGAAGGGGGAAGGGCGGGACCGUUGGCCGCAUCCGACAAAAACAAAGCAGGCACUGAUGAAGGCGGAAGGGAUGCAAAGGGAGAUGAGGAUGGAGAGGCCGCCACCGCGGGACCGCGGGCUGGGGCGCAGCAUACAGGAGAACACGGCGGAGAGACUGAAGUGGUGGGUGAGACGGUGAAGGUCGCUGAGGCGGACGAGGAGGGCAGUGACGCCGCCGCUCAGCGGGAAGCAAAAACAGGCUCGGACAAGGGGGGCAGCAAGCAACAAAUGACGAGCAGCGAGAAACGAAAGAAGAGAGGGGCUAGCGGGCGCCAGUCCAGACAGACGACGACAGGAGCAGGGCAGCAGCCAGGGGGCUUCUCCGAAACAAGAACCGACACGACGGUGGCAUCAGGCACAGAGACAAUGGCAACAGACAGACGCGUAGAAGAUGGUGACUCAAAGGCAGACGACGAUGGGCAGGGCGCCUUGCAGGGCCCGCCAGCUGGGGCAGAGAAGGACGGCGGAGAAGACGCUGAGUCUGAAGAGGCCGGUGGAAAGGAUGCCGCUGGGGCCGGCGAGGCGGACGAUGAGUCCGCCGCAAAGGAGGCACUGCGAACAGGAGCAAGACCCAAAACGUCAUCCGCGAUAAGCAAACGAAAACAGAAGAAGCGGCCACAGAGGACUGAACUGCCGGUGCAGUCUGAGCCUCCAUCAACAGGCAGUGAAGAGGAGGCAACGACGCAGACACGCGGCAGAGCGCGACAACGCACACUGCGUGAUGCCAGAAGGGGGGGACCCGUGAGUGGCCACGAGGCUUCUAAAGGGAUUGUGGGGUCUGCUGACAGCAGGCGAGGGGCCGCGGGACAGAGUUCUGAUCGUGUGUCGGGAAAAGGGUCGAAAGCUUCGGGAGCAAAGUCGUCAGCUUCUGUGCCAGUGGAUUUUGACGAGCUAGCAGCGAACUUGAAAAGGAAAUUAUUAACAGUGAUUGCUAAUUAUGAGCAUAGGCAGAAGGAGUUGCACCACUCCCCUGGCGCUAAGGCAUUUUUGGAUGUGGCUUUGACCGGAGAGCUGACAAAGUACCAUGUCGACCCGGGAUUGUUUCCUAUUUUAUCCAAGGCAGUUCUUAUCGAGGCGGAACAGUACUACACAUUAAAAUUGUUGUUUGAGGUGGCAACUGGGCUACAUGAGAGGGAGACAAAACUGAAAGAAGAAAGGGCUCAUGAGACGCACGCCCCUAGUGCUGCCACGGCAAAAGAGGACGACGCAGGAGCUACUGGCAGUGAAGAUUCGCCUCUCACGGCGGUAAUUGACGACAUUUCCGUUGCUAUCGCAUGCUGCAACGAGAGACGGAUGUCACUUCUGGUGUCGGAGAAAUGGUUUCGAAGUUUCCACAUAGCAACCACAAUUCUGCCAGAGUUGCCGGAAAUUAGCCUUCCUAUUCUACCCGGCGAAAAAGGGGACAAGCAUGAUACGGAUGAAGAAGAAACUUCAGAAGAACUGCCAGAUACAAGCGAAGACCCGUUGGAGGCGGUUUUGAUUGUAAAGAAAACUCUUGAGCAAUGGGAGUCUAGAAUUCCGCAUCUUAUCACAUCAGUGGAGGCUCUCUGGUGGAGACCACCACGGGACCCAGACGAGGCGAUCAGACAGCGGGAACGCACGGCAGCGAUGUUUAAAGCUGUCAGUGGGGCUAUUGUCCGAAGGUUUCUGAGAUUGGCGCUCCAGCAAUGGAAUGUGGAGGAGGGGAUACGCCAUUCGACGGAUCCCAGUGCAAAGGAGAAGCUGCAGCUAGCGAGAGAAUUGUUAGCUUCGUACAUCGCCGAGAAAGAGGCACAAGAAUGGGAGGGCUCGUCAAUAUUUGCGGCAAGCAUUCUCGCAACGGCAAAAGCCAAUGUCAGAAAUCCUUCAACUCGAUGGGAUCCUCUUCCGAGUAACGACCAUGCACCAGACGUACGUGCUGCAGCUCAUAGAUAUCGGCAGAUGUCAUCCUGA